AUGAAGACUGUCUACACCGGCCUAGGCCGGCAAGCCCCCGUGCAGCCCGGCCAUGGUGCCUUGUUUCUGUCUAUUUUUGCUCUGAGUGCAUAUUUCUACCUACCGACCGAGAACUCUGAAGUUGUGACAUCCGGUAGCGAUGCAGUACGUCUGGCGAUUAUUUGGAGCAAGGCUGCUCUGGAGGUGUUGGAUCAUGUCAAAGCAACGGCUUCGGAAGGAGUCGAGACUAUCCAGGCUUACAUAAUAUUAUCUUAUGUAACCUACCACCUCGAUGGCUUCACCGCCAAAGGACGCCACCUACGAUCUGCGGCGGUCUCUGUAGCUGUGGAUAUCGGCCUGCACCGGGUCGACGCCGCCGGAACGGGUCCUCGUAUGAGGCGCGGAGCCAGUCCUCGCGACACCAUCGACCAGGAGGUCAAGAGAAGAGUUUUCUGGCAUAUAGUAUCAACAGACUGGCUCCAGUCGACCCUUUCUGGACCCCAGGAAGGCAUGUAUCUCCUACACCCAAAUCACAUUCAAACCGGCCUCCCCAAGGACUGCGACGAUGAUAGCAUUCUGAUGGACGGUGAGAACCACCCAGCUGAUGGAUCUCGUCUCACAAGCAUGACCUGGUAUCUCACAAGGGUCCAGCUCGCUCAGCUUUGUCGUCAAGUCACCGAUACCUUGCCCCUAGGCAUCUCCGAGCUCGUUCAACUCCCGUACGAUCAUGUCAUAGAUCUCGACAAGAGAUUCCUGGACUUCUUCUCAGGUUUGCCGUUCUAUCUCCGUCAGGACGGUGACAGCCGCGAGAAGAGCAGAGCCAUUGAGACUGCCUACCCAAGAAUCCCGGGCAUGCGGUACUGCAUCAUCACAGCUGCCCAUAGCAGACGCUGCAGACUCCAUCAAAAGUUUCUCCUCCGGCACUCGUCCGAUCCCCGCUAUGCAUACUCGAGGCAAGCAUGUCUAGAGUCGGCUCGUGCUGUUGUCCGUGCCUACGAUGAUUCGAAGUUUGGCUAUGCAUCCCCAGCUUUUGCAUCCGCCCGGAUGGCUAUGGCCGUCCAUUUCACACAUCUAGGACUUGUAGUCUUGGUCAUGGACUUGUGCUUCAACAGGGGUCUGCCGGGAGAGGAGGAGAGGAAGGCGGAAGUCAAGGCAGCUCUCUCAUUGCUAGAAGAGGCCAGGGAUGUCUCUUCACUGAUCAGCCAAUCGCUAAAUGCUCUUCAAGGAAUGCUUCGAAAGCACAACAUUGAUCUGGGAGCCUCGAGUCAGAUUGAUCACCACCCUCAACAGCCGGAUAGCGCAAAUGAGGAGUCGGCCGACAUCCGCAUGCAGAUCGUUCAGCCAGAUUUUGACUUCCCGGCCUCUGAUGUUUUGAUGGAGCCGUCUUUUGACGAGUUUUGGCAGUUUGCAGUUCAGGAUGACAUCAAUCAGGAUUCUGGUGUUUGGGAUAACUUCUUUUCGGCGCUUGAUUCUCGCCCACUUUGA